AUGGCUACCCCUAGUGUUCUUACCUUUGAUGCUGAGGGUCGUGCUGUUGACUUUGAGGUCAGGGUCGAUCACCUCCAGCUUUUCCUACAGUGCGAUAGGGCAGACGGACUCUCCCUAUUCGAUCUCACCUCUGGUGCCUCUCCUGCCCCGCCUACUGAUGCUGACAGCACUGUUCGCUCACAGUGGGCCACACGCGAUGCUGCUGCCCGUCUUGCUGUGCGUCGCCACUUACCGACCACUGAGCGUGCGCACUUUAGUCAGUACAAGAGUGCUAAGACCUUUCGGUCGGCGCUGCGUCUCCCCCUAGCGGGAGACGCCGCACCGGCAAGGGCAAGGAGGGCAAGGGCGCUGGAGGGGCUGGCGAGGGCGGUGGAGGUGAUGGUGGAGGCAGUGGAGGGGGUGGGGGUGGUGGUGGGAGUGGUGGCGGGGGUGGAGGUGUCGGUGGCAGCAGUGGAGGCGGAAGAGGCGGCGGCGGUGGCGGAGGGAGCGGAGGCGGCAGAGGUGGCGGAGGCGGCGGAGGUGGCGGAGGCGUCGGAGGUGGCGGAGGCGGCGGCGGCAGUGGUGGAGCUAGUCGCGGCUCUGCGUAGAGGAGUGGUUUUGGUGGUGGUCCGCGCCAGCAGCAGCAGCGCACUCGUGAGACCCUGUCCCCCCAGCAGCUUCUUGAGUGGUACGCUGGGCGUCAGCGAGUGCGGGGGCCCGCACUCCACCCAGCGCUGGUUUGGCCGCCUGACGGACGCGUGGCGUCACCAGUUCCCUGACGCCACUGAGAUCCCUCGCUGGGGAGUGCUGUCUCGGGCGGGGGUUGCUAUCUUUGAUCUUGAUUAUGAUACUAUUCUUGCUGCCAUGUAUGCUGUGUCUGCUAGUGAUGAGGGUGACUGUUACCUGUGUGUUCCGCCUGACCCGGGCAUUGAGGCUGCUGCUCUAGGUGCUGGUGAGGCUGCUGCUCUAGGUGCUAGUGCGUCUGCUGCCCCAGGUGCUGGUGAGUCUGCUCUCUCAGGUACCACGUCGGCUCAGGCCUUACACACCUUCACCCUUGACUCGGGUGCUUCCCGCUCCUUCUUUCGAGACCGCACCACGCUUACGCCGCUUAGUCGGCCAGUUGCGGUCUCCCUGGCAGUCCCCUCUGGGGGUCGUGUUCUUGCUAGCUUCUCCACUGUCUUACCGUGUCCGGCAGCCCCCUCUGGCACCCUGUCAGGUCUCUACCUCCCCUCGUUCUCUACGAACUUGGUGAGUGGUGCUGAUCUACAGGAUCGGGGGGUUGACCAGUUCACUCCUGCGUGUCAACGGGUGACCCACUGUACGUGUGCUCGGACGGGCCGACACUUGGCCACGUUUACCCGUCGACCAGGGUUGAGCCUGUACACACUGACUAGUGAGUCUCCUCCGGUUGCUGAGUCAGGUUAG